ACACCUAUCGACUGACGUGUGACGUACUGAUUUGUACUAUUGUACUUAAUCGACCGCCUGCUGUAUUUUGUGUUCUUUACAGAGCUUAACACGUCCACUUCUUGUUUUCGGUAACUUUUAUCACUCACUGGUGAAAGUAAACGACUGUUUUUGGGCUUAAAUCGCAACGUAACGCAACUGUAGAUAACGUUAGUUCGUUUGCCGGUUUAAAAUAGGGCGCGAGAUCACAUGCGCGAGUUGGGGACAGUUUGGUGACACAUAUGCUUUCGAUUAGAACUUGUCCGUUCAGAACAAUGAUGUGAACUCAUUAAACCGGCUUUCUUAACGGAUUCAAAAAUCUGCCAGUGGUCUGGCGUUCAAGUUUAUGGAGGAAUGAAACUCAAAAGUCUACGGAGCAAAGUUGAAAACGGGAUCAUUUGACUCAAGUUUGGAUCCUCCCUGACAUGCUCACAGCCAUGGUGACUAAAGUAUCUUUGCGGCUUUCUGAAUGAACUCCUUGUGCAAUGGGGACUCCGAGAAACGGCUUCAGCAAACGAGAGACUUUCAUUCUCUCUGUUGAUGUGGGAACAACCUCCAUCAGGUGCCAUGUGUACGAUAAGAGCGCCAGAAUCAGGGGGUCCUGCUCCACAAAGGUGUCCCUGCUUUAUCCUCAGCCUGGAUAUGUAGAGAUUGACCCUGAGGAUCUGUGGAAAGGGUUUGUGACUGUAGUCAAAGGAGCAGUUCAAGACUCAGGCUUACAGAUGUGCCAAAUGGAAAGUCUUGGCAUCUCAACCCAGAGGGCAACGUUCAUAACAUGGGACAGAAAUACGGGAAAACCGUUUCAUAAUUUCAUCACCUGGCAGGACCUGAGGGCAGCCGAGUUGGCGAGAUCGUGGAACAGGUCCUGCGCUAUGAAGACGGUACACGGAGUGAUGAAGAUGCUGCACUUCCUCACCAGACAGAAGCGGUUCCUUGCAGCCAGCCUGGUAGUUUUUACCACCCAGCAUGUGUCACUGCGUCUUGUCUGGGCCUUGAACAAUAUCCCUCAGUUGCGGCAGGCAGUCGAAGACGGCUCCUGUUAUUUUGGGACCAUAGACACCUGGCUGCUGUACAAACUGACUAAAGGUGGAUAUUUCAUUAUGAAAUAGAAAUGUUGUCCUGUU